UAGUUUUAUCUGUCAUUUGGCGUUUUUUGCAAAUCUGUAAUUUAGUUGAUCUAUUGUGAUUAGAGUGUUGUGUGUGUGUGUGUCUUUUAGUCGUCAGUAGGUGGUGGUAAUAGGUCCUUUUAGGCCUCGCUUUGCCAUAAAACCUCAGAAGAAGAAGACACCUUUCUUGCGAUUGGUGGGGUUUUUUCACUAUCAAGUCCCAUACAGACGGGGAAAGGUCAAGGGAAGGGACUGGGAAGUGGGUGUGAAGGGAAGAUCUGUCUGUCUGCCUCAGUUUGAAUUGUUCCUGAUGCCGCUGCCAGUGGCACUGCAAUCCCGCCUGGCCAGGCGAGGCUUAUUGAGGCAUGUAGAGUCUGAGCCAGAGGAGGAAAUCAUUGCAGAAGAUUAUGACGAUGACCACAUUGAUUAUGAAGCCACUAGGAUUGAGAACCUGCCACCAAACUGGUACAAAGUCGUUGACCCUGUCUGCGGCCUCCCUUACUACUGGAAUGUAGAGACGGAUCUGGUUUCAUGGCUGUCGCCCAAUGAUCCCAGCUCUGUGGUGACCAAAGCGGCCAAGAAGCUGAAGAACAACUUAGAUGCCGAGGACAAAACAGAGCGCUCAUCGCAUGAAAAGGUGGAGCGUGAGGAGGUGAAGGAGCGUCGCUACCACCGGCGAGAGGAGCUGGCCCCCUACCCCAAGAGCAAGAAAUCAAGCCGGAAGGAUGAAGAACUUGAUCCCAUGGACCCCAGUGCUUACUCUGAUGCUCCACGGGGGACCUGGUCCACUGGGCUGCCCAAGCGAAAUGAGGCAAAGACUGGUGCAGAUACCACAGCAGCCGGCCCAUUAUUCCAGCAGCGCCCCUAUCCGAGCCCUGGUGCUGUCUUGCGGGCUAACGCUGAAGCUUCCCGGGCCAAACAGCAGGACUGAGAUGCCCAUUAUUGCCUUUCCUAAUGUAUUUGAUAAUAAAGCUAGAGAAAACA